AUGAAGAGGAAGGUGGAGUGCGGAGAGGACGGUGAGUUUCAAUUUGUCAGCGUUUUCUCGGUACACCAAUUGUAAUAUCCCAAGCGAGAUAUCAUCAGAACUUACUCGUGAUUUUAGAUCCAUAGGAGAAUGUUCGAACAUUGAGGCCGGCACCUACAGCCCACCUUCGGAGACAAAUCCGCACACAAUGAACACGAUGCGGCUGACCGAGGGAAAUGCGACGGCACCUGCGGUGUCCACAAUGAUCACUGAAGCGUAUGUCACCUACCAUGCUUGCAUCCGAACAUUUGCACAUGCAUUAUUUGUGCAUUGAUUUGCUAACGCACAAUCUUGUCUUUGCAGUGGUGACGUCGUUUAUAGGCUUGAAGGGGAUAUUUUGGACGUGGAACCGUCUGAAGUGAACACUAGCGGCCAGGCCAAUGUCGUCGUCGUCGAAUCGGGCGACGGUGAGGUGUACAACGCAGGUUGGUCUUCAUGUCAUCAGAUCGUACACAUUCCAACUUUGUAUGUGUCUAUCCUCAAAUGUGCAUUCAUUACCAACGUACUGUUUUCUGUUUAGCGGACGCCACUGUCACUAAAACAGAAGCAAUGGCCACUGAGGAGGACAGCGGUGAGUGAGAGUUCCAUAUCAAAUCUGACGUCAGAUUUGGCAAAUGUAAGACUUAGAACGAUCCCGUCCUUGCUUGCAGAGUCCCAUCUUACUGCGCGGAAACCUAGACGACGAGUACGCCUUGGUCGGAGAAUCCGACGACUAUUUCGUCGUCUUAACUGCUGUGGAACCGCGACCGUGCAGGACUGAAAACCUUCUCCCUCAACCGCCCGACUUCGUAGAUUACUGUAUUGCAUCUCGAGAGGACACUGCAUCGCAGAUGAUUAAUCUCUUUUCUUGUUGUUAAACUUACUUAUAUCCUAUGUACUUUGCCCCGAUCAGAUCUAUUAAGGAUGCGUUUACACAGUCGAUUUCCUCCCCACGUCUUCUAAGCCUAUUCUCCCCCCCCCACCCGAGAUACUUGUAAUUUAAGAUUUUCUGAGUACUUGUGAUUGUACAGAAUUUCUUCAUAUUUAAUCUAAUAAACAAUUUCGACGAUCGGCUUGACCGAAAUGGUCAGUUGUCUGAUUAGGCCUGAAUUGUCGGCAAAUACGGACUAGACGAGAAUGAUGGGGUCCGAAAAGAGUGGGUAGUGGUAGAAUUCAUCGCGCGCAGACUUGCUAACCAGUGCCAGGAAAACUAACAUACACUAGUGCCUCUCGCCUCAAUUGAAUAUUUAGCCAAUCAAGAGAACAACCUAUCAGCCAGGCCGUGGAUCCCCACGUACCAUAGGUGACAACACUCCAACACACCCCUCCUCAUAACGUGCAUCUGGUCCCAGGAUUAAUCAAAUGGAUGUGAUCAUUGUACAUUACGAUGGGUGAACAAGUGUAAUUCGGUUAAAUGCGGUUAUGUAGCCGCACCUGAGAUAAACAAACCCCAGCCACCCGUAAUGCGGGACCGGUGGUUGUAGGUGUUUUUACAGGUGAGGUCGGGUGUAGGAUGCUAGAGUGCGGUGUAUUCAGCGAAAGUCCACUUUUCCUGUGUGUGUCACCGUCCCUGGGCGCGCCCUGUUGUGAAGUAUACGGUGGACAUCGCCCAUUACAACGGUCGCGCUGUCGGGUGUUGGAAAUAGGGGCUGUUCCCUUGUCCUCUAACACCCCGUCCCGCAUACAUCCCCACCCGACAUGUCUACAGCAUCCAACUACAACAUCAUCCCGCACAAUAGCAAGCAGUCAACCCUAUUCGACUGUACCUCCUGCUUACAUGACUUGCAGUGGCCGUCACGUGCAUUUCCCCGAUCGUUUAGUUACGCAUUUUUUCUAGACUUAUGCAUAUCCUCGACGCCGUACUGCGUCGCCCACCGGUCUAGUAGGGGGGUACUGUGUUGAGGUACCGGACUAAUUUACCUUGGACGAUUCAAUCCCGUUUUAUUUGCCUGCAUUGCUUGUCUGAAUGUGGCGAAAAACGACGCACAUGGCUAACCCGCCCUGCAAGCACGUUUUGCUGUCCCGCCCUGUUGUCAGGUUACUAUACGUUCAGAAUCUCUAAACUAUUCACUGCUCAGUUUUACUUGCUGUCAUUAAGGUUAGGGGCUCGUGAGAUAUAGCUCGUUAGUUCGUGAGAACAUUAACAUUUAUGUCAAUACGUCGCAGUUGUCCAUGCGCUGCCUGAAUACACCACGACGACGACAACGACGACGACGACGACCACCACCACCACCACCACCAGCACCGCCUCCUAUGUAGCUGACACCGACAGCGCCGAAUUCGCAUGCCCACACUGUCCACGCAUAUUCACCUCAUGCAUCGGCCUGGUCGAUCGUUUGCGAAUCAAUCGCACAGAGACUGACGAACCAGUGUCUAGAGCACCAACCUAUACCCACCAAGCUCAACUCAACUGCCCACACUGCCCUCGCACCUUCAGACAUUCCGUGGGCCUAUUUGGCCACAUGCGCAUCCACGACGACCUGCGGUAGACAACGGCCGGUCACACCACACAUUCACUCACUCCCUACCUUCCAACACCAUCACCCCACCAGACAUCAACACUCACACACCACAUGCACCCAACUGCCGCCUCCCACGCAAGCGGGAAGUGUGCAUCUCGGCUCUGUCCCCAUGCGGCCUCGGCUGCACGGGCGACUUGAGUCCGAGACUAUCCCGACACGUCAAGCGUCGUGGAUAGGAAUGUUGCUAAUUGACACCCGCAAUCGGUCCACGCAGUUCGUCGCGUGGUGUGCGUGUUGUGUGUAGUGGCGGACUGGUGGGUUAGGAGGCGGGCUAAAUCAGCUCCUUCGACGGCCCUCUCACGCAAGUGGGAGACACGCCGUUCAACCCACGUUGUGUGAAAUCCUGGUGUUUGUGUGUGUAUGAGGGGCCAGGUCGUGCUGUGGCGCGCGAAGGCAUGGUCAGUCGACCGUGUCAGCCACCGCGCCCACACUCCACUCCAGUUUGCCGACCGCCUCGGACAGUGGCUGGGGUGUGGGAGUGGGAAGGGAGAGUGAGGUCGACGACUCAGCGCACUUUCUCCUCACUAUGAUCAAUCUGAUGCGCUUGAAGCUAUCACGGUGCGCUAAAAGCCGUGGCUUGGAAGGUUGCCAACUGACGGGGUACCUUGGACCUCCUCCUUAACGGCAGGCGGUCUAAGAGUCAGGCUGCAAUGGCUCCUUUUUAAUGUGGCCUUUAUGGCACUCCUACCACAGUGUGGGAUCCGAGCAAGGCGUUGGCGGCACGCCUAGGUGCGGCUUCGGUCGUGCCAGCCUCGAAAUCUCUGUUGUGUUGGUUGAAAGCCUGGUUAUUGUUGUGUGGACCAGGGGGUGUGGUGGAACGCCAAGGUGAGGAUCCGUCCGAGCCAUCCACCUGCGGCCUCUCUCGUCUCCGGUCUUCUUGAUUCUGUCUUGACACCGGGCCCAGAUGGGGGGAGGAGGAGAGUGUAGGUAGAUGCAGCGCAAGUCUACCCGCACUAUAAACCCCUGCGCAAGUCACCGUCCCUGGUCCCACCUUCUGUGGGACACACGGUGGACAUCGUCGAAAUCGACGGUCGAACUCUCGUGUGUGUGUGUGUGUGUGUCCUCUAAACGGACCACGUGUUAGAUGCGCUGGACCAACACGGGGGCCACAUCGGACUCUGGCAGGCGUUAUCUGUGCGCAAUAACAAAUGCCAACAUUUGCGGGGUGCGCUGGCGGACCCUGUUGUCGGCAUUCGUCGCUCAACUGGACCACUGCCGCCACCCCAUUGUUUUGUGGUUAAAAUCCUGGUCAUUUUUUUGUGGAGCAGGGGGUGCGGAGUGGAGCGCCAAGGCGAGGACCGUCCGAGCCAUCCACCUGCGUCCUCCUCCAUCUCCGGUCUUCUUGACUCUGUCUUGACACCGGGCUCAGGCGGGGAAGGAGGAGAGAGUGUAGGUAGAUGCAGCGCAAGUCUACUGGCACUAUAAACCCCUGCGUAAGUCACCGUUCCUGUUCCCACCUCUGCAAUGUGACAUACGGUGGACAUCAUAGAAAUCGGUGAUCGAACUGUCGAGUGUGUGUGUGUGUGUGUUUGUGUGUGUGUGUGGGGUGUAUGGGUGUCAGCGGUGGGUUCACGUGAAGGUCGUAGUGGUCGCUCACUUGCCUGCAGGUGAGACUACGCCUAGCGUCCACGUGCUGGCACUCAACUCUCACCUGUGGCUCCAAGUAGCUGGGCUCUGCUCAUCGGCCACACCCCGGGCAACCGCCUCGACCGGCGGGCUAAACCUGGUGAGGGCGGUUACUCCCUGUGCGCGUUGUGCCGCGUGCACAGGUGACUGCGGACUCUGUGGACGGUUGGUCGGAUGGAACACCGCGUCGGCGCCGUCGUGACGAGGCUCUGUCUGGCACACCGCUGGUCAGCCGGUUGGUGGUGGAACGUCGCAUCGGCAUCGUCGAGACGAGGCUCCGCCUGGUACGCCGUUGAUCAGCCGGUGGGAUGGAUCUCCGAAUUGACACCGUCGACACGCGCCAAUUUGGUGCAACGUAGGAGACCGCAGGCUUGCGGCAAUGUCGUAAGCCAUUGGCAAAUUCGAGUCGUUCUUCCACUGCCAAAAAAACUCGUGGCCCACAGUGGAGUUCGGCCGCGCCGGCACAUCAAGCAGCCCCUAUUCAGGGGUCAGGGCACUGCUUCCUUCGGGGGGGGGCCUGGAAAAGCUGGCCUAAAAAUUGCUGGGGAACCACGUCGUCUGCUGGCGCACCGUGGUCGCAGACGCAAAACUCACGGUCGAAACAAUCAAAGUCGAAACAACAACAACAACCAUACUCAUUCUCCUCAGCCUACCUCUUUUACCUCUACCUCCGUCUAUUCUUCUGCCUAUCCUUCUCCUUCGUCAUCUUAUUCUCCAUCUCCUUCCCGUCGCCCACUCGUUUUCCCCAGACUGACAGGGUGAGCCCGCUCACUCUGGCAGCCUGGAAUGUUCGUUCCCUUUUAGACAAUCCGAGGAACAACCGACCGGAACGGAGGACGGCGCUAGUGGCACGAGAACUGGCGCGCUACAAGGUGGACAUCGCCGCACUCUGCGAGACCCGAUUCUCCGAACAAGGCCAACUGGAGGAGGUGGGUGCCGGUUACACCUUCUUCUGGAGUGGUCGACCCAGGGCAAAGCGACGAGACGCGGGUGUCGCCUUCGCCAUCCGAACCGACAUCGUGGGACGACUGCCCUGUUUGCCGCAAGGAAUCAACGACCGCCUGAUGAGCCUCCGCCUGCCCCUCCGGCGAGGAGGCAAGUUCGCCACCAUCAUCAGCGCCUACGCUCCGCCGAUGACCAGUUCCGACGCCGCCGCAAGAGACAAAUUCUACGAGGACCUGCACGCCCUCUUGGCGACUGUGUCGAAGGUGGACAAGUUGAUUUUCCUUUGUGACUUCAACGCCCGCGUCGGCACAGACCAUACUGCCUGGAGGGGAGUGCUGGGUCCCCACGGUCUCCGCGGCUCCAACGACAACAGCCUGCUUCUCCUCCGCACCUGCGCAGAACACCGCCUCACCCUGACGAAUACCUUCUUCUGUCUGCCGGAACGAGAGAAGGCCACCUGGAGGCAUCCUCGGUCGCGCCAGUGGCACCUGCUGGACUAUGUCCUCGUCCGGAGACGAGAUCAGCGGGACGUGCUGGUGACGAAGGCGAUCGUGGGUGCUGACGGGUGGACCGACCAUCGCCUCGUCAUCUCGAAGAUGCGUGUUCGCCUACAGCCUCGUAGGAGACCACAAGGUAAGCGACCCCCAGGUAAACUGAAUGUUGCUUUGUUGUCUUUGCCUGAUCACCGUCUCCCUUUCAGCAAUGAGCUAGCUAACGGCUAGACAACCUUCCUAUCGCUGCCGCCGCCGACGACGCCGCCGCCGCUGCCGAGAACGCCUCCGUGGAGAACCGCUGGUGUCAACUGCGAGACACGAUCCAGUCGACGGCGCUCGCCGUCCUCGGUCGCGCUCCCCGCCAACACCAGGACUGGUUCGACGACAACGACGCUGCGAUCAGCAAUCUGCUUGCCGAGAAGAACCGCCUACACAAAGCCUACGUAGAUCACCCCACUGAGGACAACAAAGCUGCCUUCUACCGCAGUCGCCGACAGCUUCAGCAACGACUGCGCGAGAUGCAGGACGCCUGGACUGCUCGCAAAGCUGAGGAGAUCCAAGGCUACGCGGACCGUAAUGAAUGGAAGAACUUCUUCUCCGCGAUCAAAGCUGUCUACGGUCCGCCGACGAAGGGCACUGCUCCUCUCCUCAGCGCCGACGGCAGCACUCUCCUGACUGAGAAGACGCAAAUCCUGCAGCGAUGGGCCGAGCCUUUCCGAGGCGUCCUCAACAGUCCUUCCGUCAUCUCCGACGCCGCCAUCGCCCGCUUGCCGCAAGUGGCGACCAACGUGGACCUCGACCUCCCGCCAUCUCUCCAGGAGACCAUCAGGGCCGUGCAGCAACUCUCCAACGGGAAAGCACCCGGAUCGGACGCAAUCCCUGCCGAGGUCUACAAGCACGGCGGUCCCCUACUGAUGGAUCACCUGACUGCGCUCUUCCAGGAGAUGUGGCGUCAAGGUGAAGUCCCGCAAGAUUUCAAGGACGCAACAAUCGUGCACCUAUACAAGCGCAAAGGGAAUCGCCAAGUCUGCGACAACCACCGCGGCAUCUCCCUACUGAACAUCGCCGGGAAGAUCUUCGUUCGCAUCCUCCUCAACCGCCUCAACAACCAUCUGGAACAGGGCCUUCUGCCGGAAAGCCAAUGCGGCUUCCGUCGUCAUCGUGGGACCACGGAUAUGAUCUUCGCCGCCCACCAACUUCAGGAGAAGUGCCAGGAGAUGCGGACCCACCUGUACUCUACCUUCGUGGACCUGACGAAAGCCUUCGACACGGUGAAUCGUGAAGGACUGUGGAAGAUCAUGCAGAAAUUCGGCUGUCCGGAGCGAUUCACUCAGAUGGUGCGUCAGCUGCACGACGGUAUGAUGGCGCGAGUCACGGACAACGGAGCUGUCUCAGAGGCAUUCGCAGUGACCAACGGCGUGAAGCAGGGCUGUGUGCUGGCGCCUAUCCUCAUCAGUCUCAUGUUCUCUGCCAUGCUGAUGGACGCCUACCGCGACGAACGCCCUGGAAUCCGCGUCGUCUACAGAACGGACGGUCAUCUCCUGAAUCACCGGCGCAUGAACUUCCAAUCGCGUGUAUCCACAGCCACCGUGCACGAACUCCUCUUCGCCGACGCCUGCGCCCUGAACACCACCUCAGAAGAGGAGAUGCAACGGAGCAUGGACCUAUCCUCCGCCGCCUGCGAGAACUUUGGGCUGGUUAUCAACACGCAGAAGACGGUGGUAAUGCAUCAGCCGCCUCCCAACUCAGCCACAGCCCACAACGCGCCGCCGCACAUCAACGUGAAUGGGACUCAACUGCAAGUGGUAGAGAACUUCCCGUACCUGGGCAGCACGCUCUCCCGCAACACCAAGAUCGAUGACGAAGUCGCCAGCAGGAUCUCGAAAGCCAGUCAAGACUUCGGUCGCCUCCAAAGCACAGUUUGGAAUCGUCAUGGUCUCCAACUGAGCACAAAGCUGAAGAUGUACAAGGCCGUCAUCCUGCCGACGCUACUGUACGGAGCGGAGACCUGGACGGUGUACACGAGGCAGGCACGUCGAAUAAACCACUUCCACCUCAGUUGUCUCCGCCGCAUCCUGAGGCUGAACUGGCGGGACCGCAUCCCCGACACCGAAGUGCUGGAACGGACGGGAAUUCUAAGCAUCUACUCCAUGUUGAGACAAAUGCAGCUGCGCUGGAGCGGCCAUCUGGUGCGCAUGGACGACGAGCGACUUCCCAAACGACUCUUCUACGGAGACGUCGCGACGGGUUCUCGUCGUCAAGGAGGCCGAAUUCACCGUUACAAGGAUACUCUGAAGUCCUCCCUGAAGCGCCUGCACAUCAACCCGACCAACUGGGAAGAGAUCGCCCGCGAUCGUCCGACAUGGAGGAGAACAGUGAAGACGGGCGCUGCUAUCUACGAAGCCAACCACAUCGCCGCCGCCAAAGUGAAACGCGAAGUUCGCAAAUCAGAACUUCGCCCAGUACGCAACGCCGCCGCAAAACCGCUUCCAACGUGCCCUCGAUGUCAACCGACAUUCCAGGCACGAAUCGGACUUGUUGGACAUCUUCGAACCAACUGCUGCUCUGGAACUGCUCAAGCCAUCGUCCCCCCGCCCGCCUCUUCCUCAUCCUCUCUUCCACCAACUAACUCUGACACUCCUUCUGUAUCACCACCUCCAUCCUCCUCCUUCUCAUCCACUGUCCCAGCGGUGGCCGUUCAGGCUGCCGUCUCACACAUCGCCAACCACGACACAGCGACCGAAACCACCCCCACCUGCCCUCACUGCGACCGCACCUUCACCUCACACAUCGGCCUGGUCGGUCAUUGGCGAAUCCAUCGCACAGAGACUGGUGAAGCAGUGCCUGGAGCACCAACCUACACCCACCGCACUCGCCUCCACUGCCCACAAUGCCCUCGCACCUUCCGGCAUCGCAUGGGCCUAUUCGGCCACAUGCGCAUCCACGAGAGCGGAAUUGACCGCAGCCUUGACACAUCCACCCCGCCGAGCCCCACUCCCAAUCCAUCACCUUGUGCACCCACUAACAACUCCCCAGCCGACAUCGACGCCACCGACCUUACCACCCCUCACUCCUCCCCUUCCUUCUCCUCUUCCUCCUUCACUGCCACAACGUCGGCCGCUACGGCGUCUGUCGCCCACGACUUCACCACAGCCGAACCUGACACAACAACAGGCACAACCCCUGCAACCUCCAUCAUCAGACGUGAGGUCCAAGACUACAUCUGCCCUCACUGCGAUCGCACCUUCACUUCACGCAUCGGCCUGGUCGGUCACUUGCGAAUCCAUCGCACGGAGACUGGCGAACCAGUGCCUGGAGCAUCAACCUACACUCACCGCACUCGCCUCCACUGCCCACACUGCCCUCGCACCUUCACGCAUCGCAUGGGUCUAUUCGGCCACAUGCGCAUCCACGACGACCUUCGGUAG